AUGCGCAUCCUACUGCCGUUGGAUAAGGCAGGACAUAGCGAUGUCGGCAAACUUUCGGCUUCGGCGUCCGAGCGACAACUCGUCAUCUUCGAUGAAGAUCUUCGCAUCUUCCUACAUGGUAAACAAAAUGAGACCACGGAUCGAAUAACGAUAUAUAUCAACGAUGCUACGGUGUUCCAGUGUAGGAACUGCGACAAUGCGCUCAAACUAGUUGGAACCGGGCUUUGGGAACUUCACAAGGCCUUAAUCAAAGAUAAAGUUUUCUCGUCUAAUCUCGUUAUGAACAACGGUCACAAGAAUGUUAUCAAGAUUGUCGUUCAAUGGCAUUCGAGCAGUCUCAGUGUUAAUAGCAGUACCUUCUCUCAAGAUGACGAUUAUUUACCCAGUUUUGUUGCGCUCACCAACGCCUCGCCGGUACGAGCUUUACCGAAAGACGAGUUCAUCAAAGAGAGUCUUACGACAGAACUGAGCUAUCCCAUAUAUGCAUUGCUCAACGUGCGACUUAAGAAUGCCGCUAUUUCGUCCAAACAGCAGCUUUUUUCGUCGCUCGACUUUCAGGGCUCCAAGUCUUGCGAAACCGUCGCGCAGAAACACGCCUUGUCUGAGGUAAAGCUAAGCAUCGACUUCAUUAAGUAUGAAUUAGUCGACAAUUUCUUCACGAAAGAGCUUCCUCCGCUAUGCCCAGUGGCAUUCCCAUUGGAGAUUCGCCGUUGGGAUGGUUUUAGCAUCAACUACUGUCUUCCCCAGACCAAAAGUUUCGACACACACCGCGUGAAAAUACAGCUGGGCUACAGGGUUUCGGUCGAACCUCACGUCUUCUCAAUCCAUACCUGCUGGGAAACCGAAGUCGCGCCGAAAAAGAACGCUGCGCCCGCGGUUUUCCCGUCGCAGCCUCCCUCGGUCGCGUGCACGCCGGUUUUCUCUUCGAUUCCCAAAUUCACAGGCUCCAGUUCCACGCUUGUUCCGUCUCGCCUUGCCAGCGUCAAGUUUAAGUUCCUGUGCACAACCGUUGUGAGCGUACGAAAUUCAAACUUUACGCUUUCGCUGCAGAUAAUGAACUCUUCCAAUUUCCCGCUGGACAUGGUCGUUUACCAGACAAACGUUUCGGCUCGACCUCAAGGCCAAUUAACGCUGGAAAAAGAAUAUCGUCUUUACAAAAAAUGGACCAAAGUCGGCGAAAGUCUCAUUUUAAUAUCAAAUGACUACAAGGUGCCCGUCAUACAGCCAUCUGAAACGUUUUGCUUGGACCUGAACUUCCUUUCACUUGCCUCUGGAUUUUUCCAGACCAUUCCAGGGCUCAAAAUUCUGGACUUGAAUUCACAAGAGAUCGUCAACAUUGGUGGUGCGUUGAGCAUUUUGAUAAAAUAA